UUCGUAUUUGACACGGUGAUAUACAAAGCUUCCGGUAUUGUAGAUAUAAUUACUUGUUUCAGUUAGUUAUACGCCACCUCAGGUGAUGACUAUUCUGUCUUCUAGGCAAAUAAAAUAAAACAAUGGAAACAGAAUAUAAAACUAUUAAUGGUCGAGCGAAAACGGGAUGGACUCAUAUAUUCAGACAAGUACUCGUGGCCUUCAUAAUAUGGAUCUGUUUCCUCUCGAUCGGGCUUGCCAUGGGCACUCCCACGGUGGCGAUCCCUCAGCUGAGGCUGGAAGCCAACUCCUCAGCCGUUGUCAGCAACGAGAUGUCUUCUUGGAUAAGUGCAUCCAUAGGUUAUUCAGGAGCCCUUUGCGUUUUCAUAGUGGUUCCCAUCUCUCACUACUGGGGGCGGAAGUUGACCUUGAUUAUUCUCACCUUCACUUCAUUAAUAGCCUCUGCAGUUAUUUACUUUAGUAAAACUCCUAUACAUUUAGUCAUAUGCCAACUCUUAUUUGGACUGCCGGCAAGUGCCUCGACUUCUAUAUGUUUAUUGAUACUGUCGGAAUACUCAUCUCCUCAGUACAGAGGAGUACUGCUAACUAUAAAAUCAUCGUCAUUUUUCUGGGGUGUUUGGAUUGCAAACGCGACCGGAAUCUUCACGCAUUAUAAGUACAUUGGUCUCAUCGGAAUCGGUUGGUCCGGUUUUAGCUUAAUCAUUUCCUUGUUCAUACCGGAGUCGCCUUACUGGCUGGCCUAUCGAGGAAGGCAAGACGAAUGUGCCAAGGCCCACCGAUGGAUGAAAGGAGUUGACGAAAAUUCUGAGAAAGAACUAACAGCGCUAUUAAAUUCUGUCAAAGAAAAUAACGAAAAGAAGCAAUCGAUUACAUCCUUGCGACAAUAUUUUAAAGAUUUUCGAAUAGAUAUCAAGAAGCCCGAGGUCUUCAAGCCAUUACUUCUUGCCUGCCUCUCCGGGUCGAUCUAUCAUUUGUCGGGGAAGCUGGCGUGCGCUGUCUACGCCAUUGAAAUGAUGAAGAAGUUAAGUGGGAACCAAACAACGGUGCACAUCGGCGUGUUGACAAUAGACGGAUUUACUAUAUUAGGGAUGUAUAUUGGCAGCGUAUUAUCUAAAAUACUUAAAAGAAGGACGCUACUACUAUCGAUGACAAUAUCAGGCAUAAUAUUUUUAUUCACGAUGAGUAUUUACCUCUACCUUAUUAAAUUAUCUGUGUUUUCAGAAAAUGCGCACAUUAUCAUUAGCUUGUUGGUUGGAUAUACUUUGUCAAUAUGCUGUGGCCCGAUAAUAAUGGCGGCAACUAUAGCAGCUGAAUUGAUUCCAUUUGAGUUAAGAAGUGUUUGCGCUGCUUUCUAUACUAUUUUUGUGAUGUUUUUAAUGAGUAGUAUUGUCAAAGUAUCUCCAUAUGUUUUCAACUCUCUGGGUUUUGAGGGGGCAUACUUGGGUUUUGGUAUCUGCGCCACAAUAAUUAUAAUUUUAGAGUACAAGUACUUGCCAGAAACCAAAGACAAAACUUUGUAUGAAAUAGCUGAGAUGUUUAAAAUUAAAAAACAAUGUGAGACUACUGAAUGUAAACUUUUAGAAAGUAAUGAUCCAGAGACUAAAGCAUAG